GGGGUUUUCUUCUUCUUCUUCUUUUUUUUAAAGAGAAAAAUCUCCCAAAGACGGAGCUGACCCAGGAAGACGUACAAGGACCCCCCCACUUCAGAUCCGCAAUCAUGAUGUCAAUGAACAGCAAGCAGCCUUUCAGUAUGCACCCGAUCCUCCACGAGCCCAAGUACAAUCCUCUGCACUCCAGCUCGGAGGCGAUCCGCCGGGCCUGUCUGCCCAAUCCAUCGCUUCAGGGCAACAUCUUCGCCGGCUUCGAUGAGACUCUGCUGCAGAGAGCCGAGGCUCUGGCCGCGGUGGACAUCGUGGCCCAGAAGAGCCACCCGUUCAAACCGGACGCGACGUACCACACCAUGACCACCAUGACCAGCAUGGCCUGCACUCCUAACUCCUCCUCCGCGCACCUGCACCACCCGUCCGUGCUCACCUCCCACCACCACCCGGCGCACCACCAGUCGGCUCAGGGCCUGGACGGCGACCUGCUGGACCACCUCACGCCGGGCAUCUCCCUGGGAGGCAUGACGGGCUCGGACGUCUGCUCCUCGGCCUCGCACACACACGCCGCCCAUAUGUCGGCCAUCAACCACAUGCAGCACCACCACCACCACCAUCAGCAGUCCAUGAACAUGCACCAGCACGCGCUGUCCCACAGCUCCCUGGGGGGCGGCGGCCUGGACUCGGAGCCGGACCCGCGGGAGCUGGAGUCGUUCGCCGAGAGGUUCAAACAGAGGCGGAUCAAACUCGGGGUGACGCAGGCGGACGUGGGCUCGGCGCUGGCCAACCUGAAGAUCCCCGGGGUCGGGUGUCUGAGCCAGAGCACCAUCUGCAGGUUCGAGUCCCUGACGCUGUCGCACAACAACAUGGUGGCCCUGAAGCCGAUCCUGGAGGCCUGGCUGGAGGAGGCGGAGCGGGCGCAGAGGGAGAAGAUGUCCAAGCCGGAGAUCUUCAACGGGGGGGACAAGAAGAGGAAACGAACGUCCAUCGCGGCCCCGGAGAAGCGCUCCCUGGAGGCCUACUUCGCGGUGCAGCCGAGGCCCUCGUCAGAGAAGAUCGCCGCGAUCGCAGAGAAACUGGACCUGAAAAAGAACGUGGUCCGGGUUUGGUUUUGCAAUCAGAGGCAAAAGCAGAAACGAAUGAAGUUUUCUGCGACGCACUAAGACCAUCACUGCUGCUGCACACUGUCAGAGAAACAAGGUACACCGUUGGGCCUGCUGAUGGUACCGGACCUGUCCGACUCACAACCAUUCAACAACAUCACACCUUACCGAGUCAUCUGGUCUCUUAGUCUGAAGCAUGAGACGCGUCUGAUGCCUCGGGCUGAACCCUGGACUAAACGUCUUGUUGCGUUCAUCACAGUGUUGCAGGAGGAGAAAGUAUUCAGAGUAACUGGUUUGGACCACUGACCUCCACUGACCUCCACUCAGUAAAACAGGAACCUUUCCUUGUUUUUUCAGCCUCGUGCAGCUUCAUUAACAGCUGGAUUCAACGGUGUACCUUUUUAUUAUAAUGCUGACGGUGGAGACGGAGCACCGGGACCGGGACAAAGACUGAGACCCUGUCCAAAAACUUGAGACUCUCAAAUGUUGAUGCUUCUCCGCAGAGAUCCGCGAGAUCACCAUCAGUUAAAAAAAGAGGAGGAACAACCGUCUCAU